UUGGGUGACCGGAACCAGAUGAAACCGGUUUGAGGCAGACGGAGGGCUGACAGGAACAAUGCCGUCUCUGUGCUCCACUGAGGAGUAUAGAGAUAGCCCAGGCUACUCCAUGGCAGCCCUUCACAGCUCAGCCACUGGCUACCAUGGCACAGGCAGAGACCCUGCUGCUGCUGCUGCUCGCUGCUGGCUGGAUGUCGGCGUGCUACGCAGCGCGGCUCAUAGCGAGAGGGGGGCAGGGAGAUUUGGGAAGGGACGAGGGCCGGGGAGACGUGGCUGGCUGGGAGUGUGAGUGUGAAUCUGCAGUCUGGAUCCUCACAUACACACACACACACACAUGCAAGAGCAUGAUAUAUCUGUCUGUCUGUAGGUCUGUGUGCUGCUAGUGGUGCAGAGAAUGACUAAGGAGGAUCCCUACCCAGGACCACCACUGCUCACCAGAUCCCUGGAUGUAACCUGACCCUGUAUUCUGGGCCUUUUACAUGGUUGGGAAGAAGCAAGGCUUUUUUUUUUUUUUUUUUUUUACCUCCGGGCAGGGUGGGGUGGGUGGCUUUUUUUGUGGGUUAGUAGUGUUGUGACUGUGUUUGUUGCAGGAUGGAAGGAAGGAAGGAAAGAAGGUUUGGCUAGUGGCUGGAGAGGGACGGAGGCAAGAGGGUGUUCUCCUCAGAACAGGAGCAGGACCAUGGGAGAUAUGAAAACACCAGACUUCGAUGACCUGCUGGCGGCCUUUGACAUCCCCGACAUGGUGGAUCCUAAAGCCGCCAUUGAAUCUGGCCCCCACGAUGACCAUGAAGGACAACUCAAACAACCCAAUGGUGGGGUCACUCCCAAUGAAGACGAGUCCCACAACCUCUCAACAGGACAUGACGUUGGUGUUAGUGUCAUUGUCAAGAACAUCCGAAAUACGGACACUAGUGAGCAUGGUGGAAUCAUAUCAGAGAAGGAUGGACAUUUCCAUCCCCAACCCCCUUCUGUUGCCAUUGGCAAUGGACUACACAAUGGCUUCUUGGCCGCGAUACAACUAGGUACUCAUUACACCAAGAAUGGAUGGAAAACUCCCAGAGAUGAAGGACAGCAAGUUAACAACCAAUCACCUACCUUCAAUCAGUUCAGCCCCAUCUCCAGUGCUGAAGAGUUUGAUGAUGAUGAUAAAAUUGAGGUAGAUGACCCCAUGGACAAGCAGGGGGUUCAGUCAUUCUUUAGAUCCACUAGUAAGAUUGUGGACCAGAAUCACAAAUCUCCUGUAUCAGUGGACAAUGUUUCUAAGCCCAGAGCAAACAGAGACCAAAAACCUGAUCAAAACAAGAACACCAAUGGCAUUCUGGGAGGUUCCAAGUCUAACGAGCCCCCUCAAUCAAAUUUACCUGAGGGGGGACUAAAGGAAACUGUCCUACAGCCUCAAAGUCAGGAGUGCAAGGAGGCUGGAGAGCCGAUAGGGCUUGUUGAUGUGUCCAGUAUGACCCAAGUCAAAGCAAAGUCCUCUGCAAAGCUUUCAUCAUGUAUAGCGGCUAUAGCAGCCCUCAGUGCCAAAAAGGCUAGUGCUACAGACUUGGGUGUUUUGGAUUCUCCUACAACACAGGAAGAAUCCACCCCAGCCAAUAAAAAUCCCAGAGCUCUAGAAAAGCCACACGAGCAGGAGUCGGCCUUAGAGUUUGCAAAGAGUCUGCUCACAAGACAACCAGACAGCCCCUCUAGUGUCAUGAGUGAGGGUAGCAGCAAAGGUUCCCCUGCCUCAAGCACAGACACCACACCGGUCAUCCCAAAAGUCAGGAUCAAAACAAUCAAGACAUCAUCCGGUCAGAUCAAGCGUAUGGUCACCCGAGUUGUACCGCAGUUUGAUCCUGAAGAUCUGAAAAAAGGAGAGGAUAGCCUUUCUGUUAUGGCAACCACCAGUGCAAUGUUCUCAUCUCCUACAAGGCCCUCUCUGCCAACCACAGUAUUAGCCACCGCUGGAGGCCCUUCUAUUGAAAUAACCAAGCAAAUGACUAUUAAACCUGUGGCGACAGCUUUCCUGCCUGUCUCAGCCGUCAAGACAGUUGGUUCCCAAGUCAUCAACCUGAAGCUAGCCAACAACACCACAGUCAAAGCGACAGUCAUCCCUGCUGCGUCAAUGCAAAGUGCCAGCAGUGCCAUCUUGAAAGCUGCUAAUGCCAUCAAGCAACAGACUGUCAUGGUACCUGCCUCCAGUCUGGCUAAUGCCAAACUUGUGCCAAAGACAGUCCAUCUUAGUAACCUCAAUCUUCUGCCUCAGACUGUAUCCUCUGCUGUCUGUGAUCUCAAAAAGGCCCUGUCCUCAUCCAAACAACCACAGCAGGUCAAACAGCAGACAAUUCUUGCUGGCCGGGCCACAAAGAAAGUCUCUAGGAUUCAAGUGUUCACCAGCUCUCAAAGCUCUGUAGUGGAUGCCUUCAAUAAAGUCCUGAGUAGCAUAAAUCCUGUCCCUGUGUACGUCCCAAACCUCUCUCCGCCAACCUCCGCUUGUAUCUCUCUACCCUCGCGUGGUUACAAGUGCCUGGAGUGUGGCGAUUCAUUUGCUCUUGAGAAAAGCUUGACACAUCACUACGAACGUCGCAGUGUGCGGAUCGAGGUCACCUGCAACCACUGUGCCAAAAGUCUAUUGUUCUACAACAAAUGCAGCCUCUUGUCUCAUGCCAGGGGCCACAAGGACAAAGGGUUUGUCAUGCAGUGCUCACAUCUAAUCCUAAAACCCAUCCCUACAGAUCAGAUGAUAACCACAUCACCCUCAUCAGGCCCACCCGACAUCACUGGCACCACCUCAACCUCCCAAGCACAUGCCCCCACUAGUCAAAUCCUAGGGAGAGUUUCUGGUAGAGGGUCCCAAAGUACAGUGAUUUCAGCUCCAUGCAGCGCUCCUCUUGUGGCAGCCAUGCCCUUGGAGGAUGAUGCUUCGAAGCUCUGCAGGCACAACCUAAAAUGCUUGGAGUGUAACGAAAUGUUCCAGGAUGACAGCUCACUAGCAAUGCACUACCAACAGGCACAGGAGUCCAGUGGGCAGAAAACAUGCACCAUCUGCCAAAUGCUUCUCCCAAAUCAGUGCAGCUUUCUGUCACACCAGCGAAUCCACCAGCACAAGUCUCCUUACAUCUGCCCCGAAUGUGGCGCCAGCUGCCGUUCUGUCCACUUCCAAUCACACGUCACCAAGAACUGCCUGCAUUACACCCGUAGAGUCGGCUACCGCUGCAUCCACUGUAGUCUGAUCUUCGCUGAUGUUGCAACUGUAAAAUCCCACAUCCAAAGUUCUCACUGUGAGACCUUCCAUAAAUGUCCUCUCUGCCCCAUGGCCUUCAAGUCUGCUCCUGGAGCGCACUCUCAUGGGAACACACAGCAUCCAGGAAUGAAAGCAGGAGAGUCCAAGAUGAUCUAUAAGUGUUCCAUGUGUGAUACCGUGUUCACUUUGCAGUCCCUGCUCUACUCGCAUUUCGACCAGCACAUCGUCAAUCAGAAAGUGUCAGUGUUCAAAUGUCCCGACUGCUCCAUGCACUACGCACAGAAACAGCUCAUGUUGGACCAUAUCAAGGCCAUCCAUGGAACCCUGAAGACCAUCGAGGGUCCACCAAACUUGGGCAUCAACCUCCCUCUCAGCACCAAGCCCACUAACUCCAAUAGUACCAACAGCAACAGCCCAAGUAAUAAUAAUAAUAAUAUCAAAGACGGAGGAAAUGCCACUGGUCAAGACAAGGGAGAAAAGAAGCCCAAACCUUCACCUUUAAAGAAAACAGACAGUAACUGCUCAGCGAACCUCAAGAACCCUCCCGGCUCAGGAUACACAUGUGGAGACUGCAGUAGCCUCUUCAGUUCCAGGGAGGUCUUUGUGGCUCACAUGAGGCGCGAACAUGGCAAGAUACUGAAGAAACACCCAUGUCGGCAGUGCGACAAGUCCUUCAGCUCCUCCCACAGUCUUUGCCGACACAACCGUCUCAAACACAAGGGACUGCGGAAGGUCUACGCCUGCCCGCACUGUCCAGCUCUCAGUCAGCCAUUCACUAAACGAGUGCUGCUGGAUCAGCACAUUCAUCUGACUCAUGGAGUCAAAGACCCAGAGGGGAAGACUGUCAACUCUGAUAAAACGGAGGCUUUACCUGACAAGAAAACGACCCUCAGCCCCAAAAGGAAGCCGGAAGAGGAUGAGGGGUCUCCAGGUUUGAACUCCAGGGGCUCCGACUCACAGCCGUUGAAGAGGCUCAAGGUGAACAUCCUUAAAGUUCACAAGUGUGCCGUCUGCAGCUUCACCACUGAGGACAUCGCAGCUUUCCAUGAGCACAUUCCCCAGCACAAGUCCGAUGGCUUGUGCUACCAGUGUCAGGAGUGUGGCCUCUGCUACACCUCCCACCGCUCGCUGGCCAGACACCUCUUUAUCGUCCAUCGGCUGAAGGAGCUGCAGGGUCUCGCCCGAUACAACGGACGGGGCAAGGACGACGAUGAGAGCCAAAGAGAGAACCAGCUGGAUGUUACAGACGGGACACCAAAUACCAAAUGCAAGGUGUGCGGGAAGAUGUUUGAAACGGAGGGAAACCUGAAUACUCACAUGAGGACACAUGGGAUGGCGUUCAUAAAGUCGAAGAGACUGAUCGCGGCUGAGAAGUGACACUUUCAAACCAUUCCAUCUCAAGCAAACACUUUUAAACUUAUACAGAUUGUUAAAGCGUUGCAGACAACCUUCAGUAUAUUAUGCUGUAUAUAUAUAUAAUGUACAUGUAGGGUACUACAAUAUAUAUACAAUAUAUUCACACAAAAAUAUGUAAUAUAUGUCAAAGUCACUUUAUGUGUCUAGGUAAAUUGAACAAGUUUUUGUACACACAUAGAUGUUUCUAUAGGCUUUGAAUAGAUCUUUUUUAUAGAAGAGCUUUUUUAUUUUAAACAAUUCCCAUUGUUCUCACUAGGGCUAGAUAAUGUAUGGAUAUAUAUUGUUGUAAUGGGAUUAAUCCUCAUACAGUCAGCAGUGUUCUGAAUGUUCAAUGCUGCUAAUGUGAAACGAAUGUCUGAAAGAGGAAAUAUACAUAUAUAAAAACAUGUUUUUGUGUCUAAGUGACAACACUUUUUGAAAGUGGUCCAGUAUAUAUAAGAACGCUGCAGCCGCCAGCCGCUAAAUAAGCUGCAAUCUAAUCCUUUGGGGCAACCUGGUACCGUCAGUUUACGUCCACUAAAAAUGCUUGCCUUUCCAACUGUCAGGCUCUGAUUGUUAUUAUAAGUGUCUGACAACAUUAUGGAAAGGACCCUACAGAGAAAUUAAAUGUUUUUCUUACCUUUCUCUUGA